GUGGUAAGAGUCAUUUGAAAUAAAUGUCCUGUCGCAGACUGCCCAUGCGCAGAAUCCCCAGCGGUGGUGGCGGUGCUGCUGCUGCUGCUGCUGCUGAGGGUAAUGAAGAAUAAUAAAUCAUGAAAAGGGUUUUUCAGGUACAGCUGCAAAAGAGUGUGUACGUGAGUGUGUGUGAGAGAGAGGGGGGGAGCGAAAGAACCACAGAGAGAGAGGGUGUGUGUAUGAGGGAGAGAGAGAGAGAGAGAGAGAGAGAGAGAGGCGGAGAGAGACUCAGUCUGCCCUUCGCCUCAGAGCAGAGGCAGUUCGAGUCCCCGCAGCAUUCAUCGUAGUGGAGGAGAGGUAACCAACAACAGAGACCGUCACCGCCAUCACUUCUCACUUGCGGUCAUUUCAACAAGGAAACUUUUAACCAAAAAAACAUUUUUUCAGCGACAACAGCUUUUAAACUUCAAGUGUUUUUUCAGGAAAUCCUAAGAGAAAAAGAGAGAAAAAAAACUUUUGAAUAUCUCUUUUUCCUUCUUCCUUUUUUUGGCGUCAUCCACGAGGAGCUGUGCCAAAUAAUCCAAGGCACACAGCAACAACAAAAGUACAUGAUUUCAUAUGAUUCUAGGUGGAGAUAGUUGAAGGAAAGAAGCAGAUCAAGUCCACAAAGGAAAAAAAAAGGUGUCGGGGCUGCGCGCACUUGCAUGGCUCGUCGGUGAAAAAAGCCGCGGUACCUCAUCCACACCACCUCCGCCACUAAUCAUAAAUAGAUGUGAGAACUUCAGUGUUGGACCUCCAUCUUCAGCCUGCACUUUAUUCGACAGUGACUCGAGAUUCUUGCGAGGCAAUUGGGCUUCAACUCCCGAGCGAGGAGGCGGAGUCUUAACUUAUUAAAAGGAACUUGCUGAAGCUCGGACGCCAGCAAAUAUGAUGAUGAUGUCUCUGAACAGCAAGCAGCCUUUCGCCAUGGCUCACACCAGCUUGCCCGAACACAAGUACUCGUUGCAUUCCUCCUCAUCCUCCACGCUGACUUCCAAUGCACCUUCCUCCUGCUCGUCCUCCCGACACAGCAACACCAUCAUCAGCAGCAGCUCGGAGGCGAUGCGGCGAGCCUGUCUCCCAACCCCACCGAGCAAUAUAUUCGGAGGCUUGGAUGAGAGUUUGUUGGCCCGAGCUGAAGCUCUAGCGGCGGUGGAUAUAGUCUCGCAGACCAAGAGCCACCACCACCCUCCACACCACAGUCCCUUCAAGCCGGACGCAACCUACCACACCAUGAACACUCUCCCCUGCACCUCGUCUUCCGCCUCCUCCUCGGUGCCUAUCUCUCAUCCGUCCGCCUUGUCUGGCCACCACCAUCACCACCACCAUCACCACCACCACCAGCCUCACCAGGCGCUGGAAGGAGACCUGCUGGACCACAUCACCCCGGGACUGGCACUAGGCGCCAUGGCUGGGCCGGAUGGCUCGGUGGUUUCCACGGCUGCACACCCUGCCCACAUGGCGGGCAUGAACCACAUGCACCAGGCAGCCAUCAACAUGGCUCAUGCCCACGGGCUACCGCCGCACAUGGGCAUGAAUGAUGUGGACGCCGAUCCAAGGGACUUGGAAGCGUUCGCGGAGAGGUUUAAGCAGAGACGGAUCAAACUCGGGGUUACGCAGGCGGAUGUAGGGGCAGCUUUGGCCAGCCUUAAGAUUCCUGGGGUGGGCUCCCUCAGCCAAAGCACCAUUUGCCGAUUCGAGUCCCUCACCCUCUCACACAACAACAUGAUCGCGUUGAAGCCCAUCCUGCAAGCGUGGCUAGAAGAAGCCGAGAAAUCACACAGGGAGAAACUUAAUAAACCCGAGUUGUUCAACGGCGCUGAGAAAAAGAGGAAGCGCACGUCGAUAGCUGCGCCGGAGAAGCGAUCACUGGAGGCCUACUUUGCCAUUCAGCCGCGUCCCUCAUCGGAGAAAAUCGCAGCAAUCGCAGAAAAGCUGGACCUGAAAAAGAACGUGGUGCGGGUCUGGUUUUGCAACCAGCGGCAGAAACAGAAACGAAUGAAAUACUCUGCAUGCGUCUAG